AUGGAUCUUGGUAAGCAGAUAGUGAACAGCCCAGAGAGAGCUACUCCAGGACCUAUUGGGGAUGCAGGAGUUACAAGGCAGAGUCCUGACAAUGAUCUCCCUCUGCAAGCAUCAUGCAAACUGGCCAAACUCUCCCAGUCCACAUCUAACGACAGCAAGUGUUUUGCAUUAGAAGAAGCUAAAGGCAACGCUCUGGAGAGAUCUAGAAUUGGGGGAUCCUGUAAAAUGAGUUCCCCAGUUCAGAGCAAUGCAGCCUUUCGGAAGGACUCUGUUGAGAGCUUUUCACUAAAGAACGCUCCUGUGGCUGAAAGUAAUGGACAAACCAACCCUUUGCACUGCAGAAUUGUGCCACUCCAGAGUGCAGAAGGGGAACCUAAUCAAGGCUUUGGGAAGAGUACACUGGAGCAGAACAAUGCCACAGGCGGCUGGGCACGUCUGAGCCAAAGCACUGUAGUCCUGGGCACAGAUGGCAACACUUCUGUCUUGCCUGGCAGUCUCAAUGGGGAAGAGGAAGGAGAUGAAAAUAAAGUCCGCGGUAACUGGUCCAACAAACUUGACUUUAUACUUUCUAUGGUGGGAUAUGCAGUUGGUCUCGGCAAUGUAUGGAGGUUCCCAUAUUUGGCAUUUAAAAAUGGCGGAGGUGCUUUCCUUAUUCCCUAUCUAAUGAUGUUAGCUCUGGCCGGGCUACCGAUUUUCUAUCUGGAAGUGUCCUUAGGGCAAUUUGCAAGCCAGGGACCAAUCUCUGUAUGGAAAGCCAUACCUGCAUUACAAGGCUGCGGUUUUGCUAUGCUAAUUAUCUCUGUGUUAAUUGCCAUCUAUUAUAACAUUAUCAUGUGCUACACACUUUUCUACUUAUUCGCAUCUUUGGUACCUGUCUUACCCUGGGCAUCAUGUAAUAACCCUUGGAACACCCCAGAUUGUAAAGACAAAAAUAGACUGUUACUUGAUUCAUGUGUUAUGGGUGAACACCCCAAAAUUCAAAUUAAAAACAGCACUUUCUGUAUGAGCGCCUAUCCUAACUUGACUAUGGUCAAUUACACAAGCAAUGCCAACAAGACAUUCGUCAGCGGGAGUGAAGAAUACUUUAAGUAUAAUAUGUUGAAGUUAUCUUCAGGUAUUGAAUACCCUGGUGAGAUUCGAUGGCAACUAGUGUUGUGCCUGCUGCUGGCGUGGGCAAUUGUAUAUCUCUCACUUGCUAAAGGGAUCAAAACAUCUGGAAAAGUUGUAUAUUUUACAGCCACCUUUCCAUAUGUGGUUCUCAUUAUCCUUCUCAUCCGGGGAGUAACUCUACCAGGUGCUGGAGCUGGAAUGUGGUAUUUUAUCACCCCCAAAUGGGAGAAGCUGAAAGAUGCCAUGGUCUGGAAAGAUGCUGCUACUCAGAUAUUCUUCUCUCUGUCUGCUGCUUGGGGGGGACUCAUCACACUUUCCUCCUACAAUAAAUUUAAUAAUAAUCUUUACAGGGACACACUGAUUGUGACGUGUACAAACAGUGCUACGAGUAUCUUUGCCGGAUUUGUCAUUUUUUCAGUCAUAGGCUUCAUGGCAAAUGAACUGAAAGUAAACAUUGAAAAGGUUGCAGACCAAGGUCCUGGUAUUGCUUUUGUGGUUUACCCAGAAGCCCUCACUAGACUUCCUCUUUCCCCAUUCUGGUCCAUUAUAUUCUUUUUGAUGCUUCUAACACUUGGUUUGGACACAAUGUUUGCCACAAUUGAAACUAUAGUGACAUCCGUAACAGACGAGUUUCCAAAGUACCUGCGCACACAUAAGCCUCUGUUCACUCUUGUGUGCUGUUUUACCUUUUUCUUUAUGGGUUUUCCAAUGAUCACACAGGGUGGUAUGUACAUGCUGCAACUGGUUGAUACAUACGCAGCUUCGUAUUCACUUGUCAUCAUUGCAAUCUUUGAGUUGGUUGGGAUUUCAUAUUUGUACGGGUUGCAGAGAUUUUGUGAAGAUAUCGAAAUGAUGGUUGGAUUUCAACCUGGUCGCUUCUGGAAGAUCUGCUGGGCAUUUGUGACACCAACUAUUCUAACUUUUAUCCUCUGCUUCAGUCUGUACCAAUGGGAACCCAUGACAUACGGCACUUACCACUACCCCACUUGGUCUAUGGUUCUUGGUUGGUUGAUGUUGUCCUGUUCUGUGAUAUGGAUUCCAAUCAUGUUUGUGAUAAAAAUGUAUUUGGCACCGGGCACAUUUAUUGAGAGACUCAAGUUGGUGUGCUCUCCUCAGCCGGAUUGGGGCCCAUUCUUGGCCAAACACCGCGGCGAACGCUACAAGAACAUGACCGAUCCAUUGGGAACAUCUUCCCUUGGUCUUAAAUUACCACCUAAGGAUUUUGAGCUAGGGACCCAAUGCUAGUAAACCUGGUCUCUGUACCACUAUAGUACAGC